CCUGUACAGAGUUGCACGAAACAACCGUGUGGAUCAAUUCCGUGUUUAUAUAUAUUGUUAUCGAUAAAUUGGCAAUUACGAAACAAUCGGCAUAAAAAAACUAGUACCUUCCGAUAACUUAAUAUAGUGCUUCUGUUUACCUAAAAUCUUUGAACGAGUACAAUUUCAAAGGGCGUUGAUAAAUUUUAAGUUAAUUAUUCCUCGGGCAUCGAAUUUUCCUUCAAAUUCUGAACUCAACUGCAAAGAUAUUUACAGAUCAUUUGAGCAGUACUAAAAUUAAGUCUGUGCCUACUGCAGCGCACUGAUCAUGUCAACUAUUGAAGAACGUACGGCUUACGAGAAGAAUCCCUAUUUCACGGGACACAUAUAUGGCAAUUUUUCCCCCUUUUAUGUGACCAUUGCUAUAUGUACUGUUGUUCUCGGUUCCAUCAUCUUCGUGAAUAUUAUUUUUGGGUGUUGCUCAAAGCACCGUAAAUACUGGAAAGAUAGACAUACAGGUAAUCGCUGGUUGGUUUCCAUUUGGUCAGCUACGCCACACUUGCAGCCCCCUUUGGAUUUUACUGAGCUAAAGGACGCCUCAUAUUUCGAACGAUUCUACCCAAAACCACAAAUAUUUCGUGAAGACAUCGAAGCGCAGGAAGUGCCCGUUCAUCAGUCUUCUUCGCAUAUUGAACCACAUUCGCAUCAGUUGCAACAGCAGCGCCCACCACGUCCUGAAGGCCGCACUUUGCAGCAACAACAACAACGAGAGGAAUACGUAGAGCUACAAAAGCGCGAAAGCGACAUUUAAAACCAAUUAACAAUAGACAUUUAAAGCACUUUUGCAAAAGAAAAAAAAAGAAUGGCAUUUAUCUUGCUUUAUCCAGCCGUAGCUGCUCUUGCUCUCUUCAUUAUCGGUGUUAUUAUUGUAAUUUUACGAUUUGGACCACGUCUUUGUGGUUUGCGUCAUCAUGCGCUUCCCGAUAAUCACGAAUGGGACGGAAAGAGCUAUGAGCAUGAGAUCAGCUACGCCUAGGUAAGGUUCCUUCAUACUGAACUCGUUAUUGUCAUGACUCAAAUAUGUGGAAACUUCUGCUGUGUAUUUUUUCAAGUGAAUCAAGGCAAUGGAUGGUCGGUGUGAAAAGUUUUGAUGUCAUUAAAAAUAAUUGCUAACUCGAAUACUACUUCUAUAAAAAACUGCACAAUUAAUCUAGCAACUAAAUUCCGCGAUAAGAGGAAUCACAUUAAGAAUUAGUACAAACUUACGGCAACAUAUCGUAAUUUUUAAAAGUGUCUUUUUAAAAACAAAUUUAUACUUUUAUACGCAUGCAUAGUAAGUUCACAUUACAAUUUUAGGUUAAAUUGAAACUCAAACUAUUCCGUCCGAGUAGUAUUUAAAAAAUCAGGAGCACUAUUUACAAUGCUCAAAUAACCAAUAGUUUGUAAACAGUUUUAUAAACGCAUGUUUUACGCAAUGAAAACAUUUUCUAAUAAAUGAUACAAAUUUA